ACUCAAGGUUCUUGGAGGUGAAUUCAACUUUUAGCGGUGUAAAGCAUUCGAAGGUCGGAUUGGUUUCGUUUGUCUUUUGACAGUGAGUAUCAUAAUGAAUCGUGGUUUAACUGAUGCCACUAUAAAGAAUCAUUUACAAGCAAAAGAUUUAGUUGUAUGUAAUGAAAUUUCUACAUCGUUAGAUGAAUUUAAAAAAUUCCUCACUCAACAAAAAAAAUAUCGUGAAGAGUUGGGUGGCUUAUCUUAUUGUGAAUUAAUCACCUUACGUGAUGAUCUCAAAACUGUUAGUCAACAAGUGUCUUCUUCAAUAUCCAGCCUCCGGCAUACAUCUACAGCAAUUUCACGCUUAAAAACAGAUGUAUUAAAGGAAGAGAAAAAUGCUGGCAUAGCCCAUAAAACAUCUGAACAUGGACUGAGUGUUAAAAAUGAUAAUAAUGAACUGACAAGAUCUAGUUAUUUUAUGAAAAAGAUCUCUGAAUUUGAUACAAGAAUCCGAUUGUAUAAACAUGAGUUAGAGGUAUUUGAAGAGAAUGUUUAUUCUCAGCCAUUGACUCCUAUGACUCCACGAGACCUUCUUAAUAUUCUGCAUCUAAUCGAUCAUGAUUUUAUCAAUCUUGCUGCUCAGUUGUACACUACACAUGAAAACAUAAAGGCAAUAAAAUCAAACUACUUAAAAAAGUAUCGUAUGUGUUAUGGUUCAGCUCGCAAUCCAUUCGGCGAUAAUGAUGACUUUCAUUUCAAGAGUCAAAUAGAAGUUGAUAAUUUAUUUGGAACAGGAUUAAGUAAGGGAAAAAUCGGUUCAUCAUUCUCCACUCCAUAUGGUCCUUCUCCAUUCCCAACAUCAGAAACACCUACUACAUCCAAUUCAAUCGGUAGUGUUGAGAAAACUUCAAUUAUUCCGUCGGCACCUUCUACUACAACUUCAAGCAGUGUAUUGUCGAAUCAGCAGUUUGGUAUAGCUUCUUUCCAGCCUGCAUCCUCCGUACUUUCACAAAUAAGUUCAUUGACUGGUGGAGCUCCUGCUUUGAAUUCAACUGUUACAACAACAGGUUUAGUCAAACCAGCAUUCGGAUUUCAAUCACCAUUAACUACUUCAACAACAAGUUCUGUUGGUAAAAUUGGACUAUAACUUCUAGUGUGAAAGAAUUGGUUCCUUUUCUAAGAUUUUGAAUCAAAAGUCCAUGUCAGGAAAUUUUAUCUAUUUUAACGUGUUUAAUAAUGCAUAUUCCGAUAGACAUGUGUAAUAAGUGUAUAUACAUUUUUCUGUAUCACUUAUGUUAAUUUAUCGAAAUGACUACGUAUUUUUGUGCAUUCGUUAAAAGAAAUUGGGAUAGUAAAAAUAGUAGCACAAUUCAAGAUACU